GACUAGUUCGAGGAUCUGCCGACAGAUGUCAGUGGAGUCUCUCUCGUGUUGUUGUAGCGUUGCAAGUGGGAUUCAGUCCCUCCUUCACCCUCCCCAAAAUGAAGCCUAUUAUGCUUCAAGGCCAUGAGCGUUCUAUAACACAAAUUAAGUUCAACCGUGAAGGAGAUUUGCUGUUUUCAGCAUCCAAAGAUCCAAAGCCAAAUUGCUGGUAUUCUAUCAAUGGAGAGCGACUGGGCACCUACGAUGGACACUCUGGUGCUGUGUGGUCCAUCGAUGUCAAGUGGGACUCAACUUUAUUUGUCACUGGGUCAGCUGAUCAGAGUAUGCGAAUCUGGGAUAUAGAGACGGGUACCUCCUUGAGCAACCUAGAGAUGAAGACAUCUGUCCGAGGCGUUAACUUCUCCUAUUCUGGUACCAUGAUCGCCUACACCACAGACAAGAUGAUGGGUCAUAACUCGGAACUGAAUAUCAUCGAUGUCCGAGAUCCAAAGGAUGUUGAUCCUACUCCAAUCAUGAAGACACAGGUUACUCCCAACAAUGCUAAAGCCUUGUCAGUCCUUUGGGGUCCUCUGGAUGAAUAUGUCAUCACUGGUCAUGAAGAUGGCUGCAUCAUCAAGUGGGACAUGCGUACAGGCAAGAAGAUUGAAAUUGGGCAGGAGCACACAAAACAGAUCAAAGACAUGCAGCUCAGCCAUGAUGGCCUGAUGCUCAUCACAGCCAGCAAGGACACCACCGCCCGCCUGUGGGACGUGGGCACACUAGAGUGCCUCAAGAUGUACAAGACAGACCGACCCGUCAAUUCAGCAGCAAUCACUCCGCUCUUGGACACCUAUCCCCAUGUGGUCUUGGGUGGUGGUCAGGAGGCCAUGGAUGUGACAACCACAUCCUCAAGGAUUGGCAAGUUCGAUGCUCGCUUCUUCCACCUUGUGUUUGAGGAAGAGUUUGCUCGUGUCAAGGGCCACUUCGGUCCCAUCAAUUCCAUAGCAUUUCAUCCGAAUGGCAAAGGGUAUGCAAGUGGUGGUGAGGACGGUUAUGUGCGUGUACAUGUAUUUGAUGAUGCUUAUUACCAGUUCAAGUUUGACUUUUAGAUCAUUCUUUAAAUUUUUGUGGUUAAUAUAAAUUCUUACCAGGUAUAUAAUCUCACUGAGAAGGGGAAUAAAUCAUAAAAAUAAGAAUAAGAAAGAAAAGGUAAAAAAUAUAUAUACGCAGUGACAUCAUAAAAUUGUUACUGGGAGGGUGAAGGUUGGAUUGCUCUACAACAACAACCCCCCCAAGGAAGUCUUCUUGAACUAGGUGGGGUAAAUCAAGGUCUGUCACAACAGCAUAUUUAGGUAUAAAAGCCUCAUCCUAUUCUCACACCUCGAUGAGGUCCUCUAUUGUACUACCAUUUCUGAAUAAAAGUAAUUUCAGAAGA